CCUCGUCGCCGGUCAAGUCAAUCACAUGCUUACUAACGCUCUCUCCAUCGUCCUCGCCAUCGUCCCCGCCGGUCAAGUCAAUCACAUCAUUGGUAACGCCUAUCGGCAUCCGGGUUCAUAUAUUCUUGUUCAAUCGUGCGCUCCGCCGAGGCGGACCGGAAGGAGCGAUUUUGCGCCGCUUGUUCCCCGUCCUCUGAGGGGCAACAUUGCUCCUAGGUUUGCGUCCAGGCAACCUAUUCGACGGCUGGCUGGCUGAGGUGAUCCCACGGGUUGACUUCCUCAAAGUCUGUAACGCCAUGCUGAA